AUAGGACGGAGGAUCAAAGGAAACCCCAAAUCUUCCCCUCGACCUUUCCUGCCUUUUUGUUGCUUGCUUUCUUUGAUCUCGUCUCUGUCCCCUCCGUGACGAGUCGGCCAUGGCGAAUUAGGGAAAGCUCUCCGCCGCUUCUCGCCGAGAGAGAAAGAGCUUUCCAUGGCGCCCGCGAGCGAGAGGCUGGAGCUCGCCAAGCUCUGCAGCGCUCGCAACUGGUCCAAGGCCAUUCGCAUCCUCGACUCUUUCCUCGCCCAGUCCUCCUCUGUCCAGGACAUCUGCAAUCGAGCUUUUUGCUAUAACCAGUUGGAGUUGCACAAACAUGUGAUCAAGGACUGUGACAGGGCACUGCGGCUAGAUCCUAAGGCUCUUCAAGCUUAUAUCCUUAAAGGCAAUGCUUUAUCAGCUCUGGGAAGAAAGGAAGAUGCUUUGCUUGUGUGGGAGCAAGGGUAUGGAAAUGCGGUACAUGAAUCAACAGAUCUAAAGCAGUUGCUGGAGUUGGAAGAGCUAUUGGCACUUGCUAAACAGUCUAAACCUGUUGUUUGUGAAGAUCAUGCCGUGGAUGUAUCAACAUGCGAUACAAAAGUAGUUGUCUCUGAAAAUCAUGUUUUGGAUUCCUCUAGUACAAAUGGGUCAACCACUGAAAAAAAGGUUGUUGUCUAUGAGGACCAUGGUCUAGAGUCAUCUAGUAUGAUGACACCGACUUCUGAGACAGGGUCUUUCAGUCAAAAUAAAUCAGAAAAUAUGCAUGAAAAACCUAAUGAUACCACAGAAACAUGCAGCAGAUCCAAUGAGACCAUUAAAAUAAAUCGAAAGGUUUUCAUUACUGGUCUUCCAAAUACCAAGUCAAUUAGCUUGGAUUUUCGAUUAUCACGGGGCAUAGCACAGGUAAAUGAAGGGAAUUAUGACCAGGCUAUAUCCAUCUUUGACCAGAUUUUGAGAGAAAAUCCUACAUAUCCAGAGGCUUUGAUAGGAAGAGGAACAGCUUAUGCAUUCCAAAGAGAACUUGAUGCUGCUAUUGCUGACUUUACUAAGGCUAUACAAUCAAAUCCAUCUGCUGGAGAGGCUUGGAAACGGCGAGGGCAGGCACGUGCUGCCAUGGGAGAAUUUGCGGAGGCCAUCGAAGAUUUAACUAAAGCUUUGGAAUUUGAGCCAAAUUCAUCAGAUAUUCUACAUGAAAGGGGAAUUGUUAAUUUCAAAUUCAAGGAUUUUGAUGCUGCUGUGGCAGACCUUUCUGCAUGUGUCAAGCGGGACAAGAAAAACAAAUCUGCUUAUACAUACUUAGGUCUGGCUUUAUCAGCAAUCGGGGAGUACCAUAAAGCUGAAGAGGCACAUCUCAAAUCGAUACAACUUGAUCAAAAUUUCAUCGAUGGUUGGGCCCAUCUUGCACAGUUUUACCAAGAUUUGGCUAAUUCAGAAAAGGCGCUGCAUUGUCUCGAAAAAGUUCUACUUGUUGAUGAAAGGUUUGCUAAAGCAUAUCAUUUGCGUGGGCUACUUUACCAUGGGAUGGGCCAACACAGGAAUGCCAUAAAAGAGUUGUCUCUUGGAUUGAGUAUUGAAAGCACACAUAUUGAAUGCUUGUACUUACGUGCCUCCUGCUAUCAUGCAAUUGGAGAAUAUGGAGAUGCGGUCAAAGACUAUGAUGCUGUACUGGAUUUGGAACUUGAUUCCAUGGAUAAAUUUGUACUUCAGUGCUUGGCUUUUUAUCAGAAGGAAAUUGCUUUGUACACUGCUUCAAAGGCUAAUAGCGAAUUUUGUUGGUUUGAUAUUGAUGGAGAUAUUGAUCCACUUUUCAAGGAAUAUUGGUGCAAACGACUGCACCCAAAAUAUGUAUGUGAGAGAGUUUUUCGACAGCCUCCCUUGCGUGAAUCUUUAAAAAAGGGCCGACUUAAGAAGCAAGAAUUCAUGGUUACGAAGCAUAGACAAACUCUUAUGCGAGCAGCAGAUUUUAUCGGACAGAAGAUCCAAUACAACUGUCCUGGGUUCUUGCCAAAUAGGCGUCAGCAUCGUAUGGCUGGGUUUGCUGCUAUUGAGAUAGCUCAGAAGGUUGCAAAGACUUGGCGCUUUCUUAGAAAUGCAAAUAGAAAUGGAAAAAAAGUUAGGAAAAGGGAAAAACUCAGUAUGCUAAGCCAGAAUAGGGGUGGUGCUUGUACUAGUACUAGUAGCUCCUCAGAAACUUCAACACUGUCUGGCUUAAAUGAAGACAGAUACACUUCUGGGCGUUCAUUGUCAUGGCAUGACAUAUACUCUAUUGCUGUGAAAUGGAGGCAGAUCUCUGAACCCUGUGAUCCUGUUGUCUGGGUGAACAAGCUAAGUGAAGAGUUCAAUUCUGGAUUUGGUUCACACACACCGAUGCUUCUUGGACAAGCAAAAGUAGUCCGCUACUUUCCAAAUUAUCAAAGGACACUUGAUAUUGCUAAGACUAUCAUGAGAAUCACAAAGUACGUAAAUAAUGCAGAGGAUCACACUGUUGAUCUCUCGGAUGCUGGGAAGUUACAAAAAAUAAUACAUGCAGGAUCCUGCUCUGACCUAUACGAUAUAAUUGGAGAGAACUUCUGGGUGGCUACCACUUGUGAUAGUACAGCAUUUGAAGGGAAGUACCUUGAAGGGACAAGAAUUACUGUCCAAAAAAUGGACAAAAUCGGUUUUGACUUCGCAAUCAGAACACCUUGUACACCAUCCAGAUGGGAAGAAUAUUCUGCAGAAAUGACAGUUGCAUGGGAGGCCCUGUGCAAUGCCUACUGUGGUGAAGUAUAUGGCUCAAAUGAUCCAAGUACGCUUGAGAAUGUAAGGGAUGCAAUCUUGAGAAUGACAUACUACUGGUACAACUUCAUGCCAUUGUCAAGAGGCUCUGCGGCUGUUGGUUAUACAGUAUUGCUGGGGCUAUUUCUUGCGGCCAACAUGGAGGUGACAGGAAACAUCCCACGAUGCAUUCAGGUUGACUGGGAAGCCAUAAUGUCUUCCAGCCCAGAUGCCUUCCUGGAUGCUGUAAAGCCUUGGCUCUAUCCUUCUGUACGAAUCAACACAAGUUGGAAAGAUUAUCCAGAUGUAACUUCAACAUUCACCACAACAGGAUCAGUUGUUGCUGCAUUAAGUUCUUAUGAAGUUUAGGCUAUGUGAUCCUUUACACAUCCGAGAUAUACAUCAAACAUUGGAGAUUUGAUGGACAAGCGCCAGUUGUAGCACUUUGAAUGUUGUAAUCAAAAGGUUGUUUGGGCAAAGUAUGAUUUUUUUUUUUUUUUAAAGGCUUGCAUUGUAUGGAUUAUAUAUAUAUUUGUACACUAGUCAAUCCCAUUUUUAUUAUGGGGUGUAUGUUCUGAUAAUCAUGUUUCUCCUUUAAAAAAAUAAACAUAUGUAACUAUGACUAAAAGUUGGGACAAUGUAAUUGUGGGUUGUGCUA